ACUGUUCCAUUCUGUCCUUCUCUGAUGCAUCAGUAGAAUUGGGAAUAACCCAUAACUAGGCUAUGUUAUAAAAUGAUGUUAUCAAAAGACAGAUUAGUGCCCCCAUUGCGCCUACAUGGUUUAAGUUUACUGAGAAAAUUAUACAGCGAUGUGUUUGUAAAACUAGAGCAUGUCAGUUUGGAUCUUGUCUAUUAAAGAAGCCAAAAGAAGAAGUCGGAAAGACCAUGCGUGUGUGGUAGAACAGCUGAGGCUAUUGAAGGCCCGCGUGGAAUGCGGUAGACGGCGAGAGGAACAGCACUUUUAUGGAUACUGCUUACCGCUACGUAACUUCACCCAUUCGACUUUGCGUCUCCGCAAAGGGAGCCGGUCACGACAGUCUCCGUGCAUUUGGGAAUUUUGAUUUGUGGUUGGCAUUAUCUCCGUCGAUAUACACUGUCAAUCCUAUGAGAGAAAGAAGCGGAAUAUUACUCUGAAGGAGACUGCAGUUCAAGGAAUUUCAAAGUGGGCUGCGUCAGUGUGAAGGGGAGCAACCAUGGCUGAAGUUGCGAGCAUGACCAACCUGGAAACUAUGGAGACUGUCGACCCCAUGAACGACACUGAAGAAGUUCACACUGAGGAAGAAGAAGAAGAGGAGGAAGAAGAAGUCACAGAGGAAGCCCACAGGCCAAAGAGUGCAGUGGAUGAGGCCAAAGAGGAUACGAGUGCAAUAGACGAGAAAAAGGUUGAUGCCAUCAAAAGUGAGGAUGUAAAGCUAGAUGCCGAGGGUGUGAAGGAUGUACAGAGCAGCGCUGAUGUCGAAAAGGGGAAUGAUGAGGGUAGUAUGAACGGUGACGCAGAGGAACCCGAGGCACCGACGCUGAAUGGAGUUGAGAGCAUGGACGAGGACAAGAAGAAGACGCUGAAUGGAGUUGACAGCAUGGACGAGGACAAGAAGAAGACGGUGGAUGGAGAUGAUAGCAUGGACGAGGACAAGAAGAAGACGGUGGAUGGAGAUGACAGCAUGGACGAGGACAAGAAGAAGACGGACAGUCAGUCAGCAGAUGCUACAGAUGAAGCCAGAAGCUCCACACGAUUGAGGAGCAGGAGAGGACCAAGAGGAGAGGGAAGGGGUCCGAGAGACGCCAGCAUGACGGACAUUAAAAACAUUGCAGACAUCGUGUGCGAGGACGACGACGACACCAUGAAUGAAGUGGCUCUGAAACAAGAGAAACUGUUCAAAGCCUCUAAGCCAGUGCAGAGGAGCUACGUGCCAAAGGUUGGGCAAGGAGACGUGAAGAAUAAGUUCGAGGCCAUGCAGAAGGCCAGGGAGGAGCGCAGCAGGUCGAGGAACCAGGAGCAGGCGAAGCAGAGGAAGGAGCAGUACAUCAAGGAGAGAGAGCUCCACCGCCGCAAACAGCAGAUAAAAGAACUUUUAGCAUCCAGUGAUGAGGAGGAGGACAUAAAGCCAGCGAAACCCGAGAAAUCGUAUGUCCCCAAGAUCACAGGCAGCGUGAAGGGCAAGUUUGCUGAGAUGGAGAAACAGAGGCAAGAGGUGGAGAGGAAGAGAACAGAGGAAGAGAGGAAGAAACGCGUGGCACAGGAAACUAUGGAGAAAGCGAAGAUCCAGAAAGAGCUGGCAAAGAAGGCAGAGGAGGAAGGAGACGAUACUAUCCUUGUCAGAGUGGUCCCAGCCAAGCCAUUCAAGCCACCAGGCAGGAUUAAGAUGAACUUCGAGGACAUGGAGAAGAACCGUGAGGAGGACGAGAGGAAGAAGUCAGAGGAGGAGAAGAAGAAACGAUAUGAUGAGAACAGGCGCUCCUUCCGUGAUGCCAAGCGCCGCUCUAUAGUCUCACAGAACGAGGACGAGGACCUGCCCAGAGAGAGGGAGCAGGCGUGCCCUGGGAAGCUAAAGAUGACGUUUGAGGAGCUGGAGAAGGAGCGCCAGGAGCAGCAGAAGAAGCAGGCCGAGGAGGUGGCCAAACGGCGCCUGUUGGAGGAGAAGAAAGGCUUUGAGGAGGCCAAACUCUUAAUGGGGUCUGACGAGGAGGGCAUGCAGGAUGACCUCAUGGACAAGGAGGAGGUCAGGCCUGGCAAGCUGAGACUGAGCUUUGAGGAGCUGGAGAGACAGAGAGUGGAGGAGGAACGCAAACGCGCUGAGAAGGAGGCAAAGAGACGAAUGGAGGAUGAGAGGAAAGCCUUUGCCGAGGCCAGGAAGAGCAUGCUCCUAGAUGAGGAUGACGACGUCUUGCUGGCCAUGAUCAGCGGUGAGGGUGCCAAGCCAGGGAAGCUGGGCAUCAGCUUCGAGGAGCUGGAGAGACAGCGGAGGGAAGAGGAGCAUAAGAAGAAGGAGGAGGAGGCCAAGCGUCGCCUCGAGGAGGAGAAGAGACUCUUUGCCGAGGAACGAAAGAACAUGAGCCCUGGAGAGGAUCAUGAAAGAUCUAUGACUACAUAUGGAGAUGGAGAAGUACAGGAUGAUGAUGAGGGGGGUCUGAUGAAGACGACGUCUCAGGAAGCACUGCACCCGGGGAGACUGGAGAUCAACUUCGAGGAGAUGCUGAAGAUGAAAGGGGAGGCCGAGAGAAAACGCAAGGCAGAGGAGAAGCGUAGGAAAAGGGAGCUGGAGAAAAAGGAGUUUGAACAGCUCCGGCAAGAGAUGGAGGAGGAUGUGGUCAAUGAAAGCUCGGAGACGGUGAGCGCCGAGUACGAGGAGUUGACAAAGCUGAAGCGAACCGGCUCCAUUCAAGCCAAGAACCUGAAGUCCAAGUUCGAGAAGAUCAAGCAGCUAACCGACGAGGACAUUCAGAAGAAGAUCGAGGAGGAGAGAGCGAGAAGGAAAGCCAUUGACCUUGAAAUCAAAGAGAGGGAGGCUGAGCGAUUCCAGGAGGAUGAAGAGGAAAACAGAAUGGAAGGUGCAAAAGAGGUGGACGCUCCGUUUAAGCAGAAGGUGGACAUGCGUGCACGCUUUGAGCAAAUGGCCAAGGCCCGCGAGGAGGAGGCGAGGAGGAGAACUGAGGAGCAGAAGCUGCAGAGGAUGCAGUUUGAACAGCAGGAGAUUGACGCGGCUCUCCAAAAAACAAAGGACGAUGAGGAAGAGGACGAGGGAAGCAUCAUCAACGGCUCGGCAGCGUACGACGAUGAAGAAGAUCACGCCAGGUCUGGGGCUCCGUGGUUCAAAAAGCCCCUGAAAAACCAGUCGGUGGUAGAUGCCGAGCCUGUGCGGUUUACAGUGAAGAUCACAGGCGAGCCCAAGCCCGAAGUCACCUGGUGGUUCGAGGGUGAGAUGCUCCCGGACAGUGAGGACUAUCAGUACAUUGAUCGGGGUGAGACGUACUGCCUUUACCUGCCCGAAACCUUCCCGGAAGACGAGGGAGAAUACAUGUGCAAAGCCGUCAACAGCCGAGGCACUGCCGCCAGCACCUGUAUCCUCACAGUGGAAACUGAGGACUACUGAUUCACCCAUUCAGUGGAACGUUCCCCUGUCCCCUUGUUUUUUUUUUGUAAAUCUUCAUUUCUCAUGGUAGGGCCAAACAACAGGGAGGAGGCAGCAGCAUUAUUCUUGAAUUUUUUUUUCUCUCUCUCUCUUUUGCCAUUCCUCCAAAGGAGAACACACAUUGCUAUAAGUGCAAAAAUGUUGUUUACAUUUUACUCAACACAAACCUGCACUCACUGUCAAUAAACAUGCUCAAAUCAGAAAGAAAUCAGUGCCAAAACUCAAGUUUUGUUCCCACAUGUGGUUGCUAUCAUGAAUUGUGCAAAAAUUAUACUCUGUUUUUAAAAUUAUAUAUUGAAACUUUCAACGGGUUUGGUCUAAGAUCCUCAUUAUAUUGAUGAUUUCCAACUAAAACAAAAAAGAUAAAAUGAUAUUCCUUCUUGUGAUCUGAUGUUUCUUUUCUAAGUUCAAAAUGAGUCUCAAAAGUGUAGAAAACUGAAGGUAGAGUUUUGCAUACCAAUUAGAAUAUCUGUUUAGAAUGUUUUACUUUUACAUUUUGUGAUUUAAAUAUUUGAUUUAUGUUCAUUUUAACUGAAUGUAAACAAGUUUUUCAUGUACUGAAUGUUGACUCUAACAGACUGGACAUGAAGGCACUGUAACAACACAAUUAUAACAAUAGUAACAAAUGUGGUUUUGGUUAGACAGAAUAUUUGUGAUAUAUGAAAAUUAUAAUAAAACUGCUAAAAUAGUAA